AUGAAGUUCGGCGACCUCUUUGGGACCCCCUCGUUGCUGAAAAGGGAUUCCAGCCAAUUCGAUCGUGGGGAUGUCUCGUUUAUCAUCGUCGCGGGUGCGAUGGUAUCUUUCAUGAUACCGGGUUUAGCUUUCCUAUACUCCGGUCUCUCGAGGAGAAAAUCUGCUUUGUCCCUGAUAUGGGCUGUCUCUGCAAGCAAUGCCGUCUGUAUCUUCCAGUGGUACCUGUGGGGAUACUCUCUCGCCUUCUCACCUACUGCCACCAAUGGUUUCAUUGGCAAUCUUGCCAAUUUUGGACUGCUAAACGUGCUCGGCGAUCCCUCUCCUGGUUCGCCCCUCAUUCCAGAUUUGCUUUAUAGCUUCUAUCAGAUGGAAUUUGCCUGUGUGACAGUGGGAAUCUUGAUGGGAGGUAUCGCGGAGCGUGGUCGGGUUCUUCCAGCCAUGAUAUUUACAUUCUUCUGGAUGACCCUUGUUUACUGCCCACUGGCUUGCUGGGCUUGGAAUAUUAACGGAUGGGGGUUCAAGUGGGGCGUGUUAGAUUAUGCAGGUGGUGGUCCUGUGGAAAUUGGUAGCGGCGUCGCAGGCCUUGCAUAUGCUUGGGUCCUCGGUCGGCGGCAAGACAAGGAGUUGCUUAACUUCAGACCACAUAACGUGGCCAUGGUAAACCUCGGUACCUUCAUUCUCUGGUUUGGAUGGCUCGGCUUCAACGGAGGUAGCGCCUUUGGUGCCAAUCUUCGUGCCAUAAUGGCAAUCUGGAACUCCAUGAUUGCCCCGGCGUUUGGCGGCAUUGUGUGGUGUCUUCUUGACUAUAGAUUGGAACGCAAGUACAGCAUGGUCGGUUUCUGUUCGGGUUCUAUCGCUGCUUUGGUUGCUGCGACACCCGCUUCCGGUUACAUACACCCGUGGGCAUCGGUUAUCAUGGGCAUCGUUGCUGGUGCUGUUUGUAAUUAUGCAACGAAGCUCAAGUUCUUGAUGAGAAUCGACGACGCCUUGGAUCUCUUUGCUGAGCAUGCCCUUGGCGGCAUUAUUGGUCUUCUCUUCAAUGGCUUUUUCGCUUCGCACUCCAUCAUUGCUCUGGACGGUGUCAACACUAACGUUAACGGAGGCUGGGUCGACCACAACUGGAAGCAACUUUACAUCCAAUUUGCUUAUGUAUGUGCGACGUGCGGAUAUACAUUUGUGGCGACGGCCAUCAUUGCCAAAGCUAUCGACAUGGUACCUGGUUUACACCUCAAAACGACACCAGAGGGCGAGUCUGCCGGUCUGGAUGAGGUCGAGAUCGGCGAGUUCGCCAAUGAUUACAUCGAAGUCCGGAGACACUUCUCCGACUGGUCAGCCUUCGGCGAUCGUAUGGUUGAUUCGGUGGCGUCUGAGAUGGGCGGCUUGCCAGAUCUCCAGAAGGACGGUCACCGCCUCCGGUUAGAAGAUCCCAACCUCGAAAUUAUCGAAGAGAAGAACAGUGAAAUUAUUGAAGAGCCGCAGCCUAUUUCGCAGGAACGUUGA